UUCAUUGGCCUGUUAAAUACCUGAUAAGCUAUAAAUUGCAUUUCGAUUUUUGUGUGUAAUUGAUAAGUCUCCAGAUAGCAGACGUUCUCAGCUACAGCACCCCCUCUGGUGGAGCCUGGUAAAGCAUGUGUUUGGUGUUGCCAGGAGACUUCUUAAAACAGAGACAAGUCUCUGCUGUAUUCACUUCCCCUGCAAGACCUUUUAGUUAUGGAAGUUAUGGAAAACUCUGAUGAGUCCCAUGAGAGGGAGAGGCUGAAGAUGAGGAUUGCUGUUUUAGAGGAGAGUGUGAAGUCCUGUGAGGUGGAGUGUAAAGCCAGCAGAGAGACGGUGCUGAGGCUGGUGGCAGAGCUGGACCGAGAGAGGAGGAAGGCUGCCGGCAGUGCAGCAGCACUCGAUUCACUCAAAGAGGAGUUAGACGGUCUGGUGGUGGGAAGGAAGAGUGUUGAGAUGGAGAAGGGAACCCUAAUGGAGAGGCUUGACGCCAGCAAGAGAGUCAUAGAGGCAGCUAGGCGAGAGUCCCACUGUUUGGAGAAACAAGUGGAGGAGCUUGAAAAUAAGCUACAUUACAGCCAAGGAGAGACCCAGGCAGCUGAGGAGAAACUACAGAUGUUCCUGAAAAAGGUGGCAGGCCUGCUGCAGCGGAAGUCUGAGAAUGUCAUCCUGCCCACAGAGGAAGAUGUUUUACACCAACUGGAUAACCUCUGCAAUAAGUCUUUGUCAGAGAUGGAGGCCAGGCUGGGCCAUGUCUCUGAGGAGCUGAGCGAGCAGAUGGAGCUCCGGCACAGUGCACUGCAGAGGGCUCAGCUUGCAGAGCAGCAAGUCCAGGACCUGAGGGAGAGGCUGCAAGGUCUGGAGACUGAGCUGCUGGCAGCAGAUAUGCAUCGUGACGGGCUGAGACACAGCAAGCAGCAUUAUGAAGAGUUCCUUGAACAGCUGUCAGAGACAAUGAAGGUUGACAGUAUUGCUGUGGAUCUAGGCUUCGACAUGAGGCUAAAACUCAUCCUGUCACGUGCAGAGCAGCUUCUUAAACAAGAGACAAGUGCUUUGGUGGAGAGCAAAAGUCUGACCUACAGUCUACAGCGAAAGUUUAAGUCACAGAAAGACCAAUUAGAGAGCAAAGGACUCCACAUCCAGUUCCUGAGGAAGAAGGUGUCCGAGCUGGAGGAGGAGAAGAGGAGUCGAUCAGCGUUGGCUGUGAGAGAUGAUGCUCAUCUGGAGGCCAGGAGGCUGCAGAAAAAACUGGAGCGUCUCCAAGGAGAGCUGAAGGCUACCAAGCUGUCCAACACUGAGCUCAAGGCCCAGCUGUCCCACACCAAUGAGCUCAAGUUGAAAGUCAUGGAACAGAGUCAGACAAUGCAGGAGCAGAAAAAGAGGCUGGAUCAGCUGGUGGACGGGAAGGCCAAGGUGGAGAAGAAGCUGAACACAGUGAGCUCAGACCUGCAGAACCAAGAGAUGAAGACCAGAGAGGACCAGCAACAACUCAACACCCUCAGACAGAGCCUGACCCAGCUGUCUGGGAGGGAGAGAGAGUUGGUGGAUUUCCGGAUGGUUGUUUCCCAGAUGUUGGGUCUGGAUGCCACAUCCCUAGCUCUUCCAAAUUAUGAAAUCAUCAAAUUACUGGAAAACCUUCUUCACGCUCAUCAUCACCAUCACCACCUUCAUCAUCAUGUUAAUAUGCCCUGGCACUGUCCUACUCACCAGAGGCCUCAUUUCCCCCAAAUCCAGAACCUUCCUGACAGCUCCUCCUUGGAUCUUUCUACCUCCAGGUCUGCUUAUCCAGGGGAUGCACUUCCCCUUCAUGAAGCCUAGAUUUAUACAUUACACUUAAGCCAAAC